GCAGCAUAGUCGUUAGAGAGCUCCCAUGCUGUGUCUAAAACCCACCCACCUUUUCAAACGCUUUCCCUCCUCUCUUCUAUUCUCUACAUAUUCAACUUCCAACUACCUUCACUAUCACCUCAACUACUUCCUCUCUAACCAAACCUCAACGCUGCAAUCUCUCCUCCAAUCUCAUGCUCUCAUCAUCGCCAGUGGCAACUCAAACAACCUGUUCAUAGCCUCAAAGCUUAUCUCUCUCUAUUCCUCUCUCAACAAACCCACUUCUUCCACCAAAGUGUUUGACUCGGUGCCCCCCAAAGACACAUUUCUUUGGAACUCUGUAAUCAAAUCCCACUUCUCUAAUGGCAAUUACUCUCAAGCCCUUGAAUUUCAUCUCCAAAUGCGAGCAGUUGAUACCCCACUCGACCAAUUUACCAUUCCAAUGGUUGUUUCUACUUGCGCUGAGGUGAUGUUGCUAGACCAUGGCAAGAACAUUCAUGGGUUGGUUUUGAAACUUGGGCUCUUUGCGGGGAAUUCCGCGGUUGGGUCUUCAUUUGUGUAUAUGUAUGUCAAGUGUGCUCAAAUGGAUGAUGCAUAUCUUAUGUUUGAUGAAAUGUGUGUUAGAGACGUGGUUGCUUGGACCGCACUUGUGAUUGGGUAUGUGCAGAAUAAUGAGAGUGAGAAGGGUUUGGAGUGUCUUUGUGAGAUGCAUAGGGUGGGUGGGGAUGGUGAGAGACCAACUUUUAGAACAUUAGAAGGUGGGUUUCAAGCUUGUGGGAACCUGGGUGCUUUAGUUGAAGGUAGAUGCUUACAUGGUUUAAUGGUAAAAACCGGAAUUGGGUGUUCACAAGUUGUUCAAUCUUCGCUUUUGUCCAUGUAUUCCAAGUGUGGGAUCCCUGGAGAAGCUUACCAUUCUUUUUGUGAAGUAACUAAUAAAGAUCUUCUCUCAUGGACAUCACUCAUUGGUAUUUAUUCAAGAUUUGGGCUUAUGGCUGAGGGCUUGAGUUUGUUUUUGGAAAUGCAGGAGAAUGAAAUAUACCCAGAUGGAAUAGUUAUCAGUUCCAUACUUUUGGGAUUUGGUAAUUCCAUGAUUGUCUCUGAAGGAAAAGCCUUUCAUGGAUUAAUCAUAAGGCAGCAUUAUGUGUUGGAUAUGAUGGUUCAUAAUGCAUUAUUGUCCAUGUAUUGCAAGUUUGGAUUAUUAUCUCUUGCAGAGAAGCUCUUUCGUAGAGUACCUGAAGCAAACAAAGAUUCUUGGAACAAUAUGAUUUUUGGCUAUGGUAAGGCAGGGCUGGAAGCUAAGUGCAUAGAAUUGUUUAGAGAGAUGCAAUGGAUUGGCAUUGAACCAGAUUCAAAUAGCUUGGUCUCUAUGGUUUCUUCAUGUUCCCAACUGGUAGCAACCUAUCUUGGCCGUUCACUUCACUGCUACAUAAUUAAACAUUCAAUGGAUGAAAAUGUCAUGGUAGUUAGUUCACUCAUGGACAUGUAUGUGAAAGCUGGCAAUUUGAAUAUUGCAUGGAAAAUAUUUUGUGGGACACAGAGGGAUAUCAUAACAUGGAACACAUUGAUCUCAUCUUAUACUUACUGUGGGCACUAUGCAGAGGCUGUAGCCCUAUUUGAAGAAAUGAUUUCAGAAAACUUGCAACCCAACUCAGCAACAUUGGUAAUAGUGCUUUCGGCUUGUUCUCAUCUUGCAUCUCUUGAGAAAGGAGAAAGGGUUCACCGUUACAUUAAAGAAAGAGGGAUUGAGUCUAAUAUUUCUCUGGCCACUGCAUUGGUUGAUAUGUAUGCAAAAUGUGGGCAACUUGAAAAAGCAAGAAAAUUGUUCGACACAAUGAAAGAGAGGGAUGUUAUAUCUUGGAAUGUGAUAAUCUCAGGUUAUGGAAUGCAUGGUCAUGCAAAAUCUGCUAUUGAGAUAUUUCAGCAGAUGGAGAAAUCAAAUGUUAAACCAAAUGGACUCACUUUCCUUGCUCUUCUUUCAGCCUGUACUCAUGCUGGGCUCGUCAAAGAAGGGAAGUGUCUAUUUAAUAGAAUGCAAGACUAUUCCAUAAAACCCAACUUGAAGCAUUAUUCCUGUAUGAUAGAUCUUCUAGGAAGGUCAGGUAAUCUACAAGAAGCUGAAGCAUUGGUCCUUUCAAUGCCAUUUGCUCCUGACGGUGGGGUGUGGGGUGCUUUGUUAAGUGCUUGUAAAACUCACAAUGAAAUUGAGACUGGUGUAAGGAUUGCAAAGUAUGCUAUUGAGACUGACCCAGAAAAUGACGGGUACUAUAUAAUGAUGUGCAACAUGUAUAAUUCUGUUGGGAGGUGGGAGGAGGCUGAAAGGGUAAGAGAAAUGAUGAAUGAAAGGAAUGUGGCAAAGAGAGCUGGUUGGAGUACACUCUAGGUUAUAUGAAUUUCCUUAGAUUCUUGUUGGGGUAUCUCUCUUACCCUUGGACUUGAUAGUUAUAUAAUUAUAUAAGGAACUUUAGGAUCCACCUCAAUUCUGAAAGCCAACAACAGAAAUGAAAUAGGUCAAUGUACAAGGAGCCUGAAUUUUGCUUCAAUUCAGAAUGUGGCUAGCAUUGCUGUUGCACUACUGUGGCUCACUGGAAAGCCAACUUUUUCAGUCAAGCAAGCAAUUUGAAUAAAGACCAUGAGAGGGAUGAUGGGUUCAACAUAUGCCAACACUUCUGCAUUAAAUGUGGCCUGGUCCAGGAAGCAGGUGCCUUAAGUGCUUCAUUAGCACACCCUUGAAAAUUUUGUAAUAAUAUAGAAUCUAUAUUCAAUAGUUUAGGGGGAAAACUAUAGAUUUUCCUUGACUUAUUUUCUCCAUAUCGACCAAAAAAACUUACACCCUCCAUUGUCUUUCCCAGAUUAUCAAUUUGGUUUGUAGAAUUGUAUUCAAAAGUGAGUAAACAAAAAAAAAAAAGUGAGUAAGCUGUUUGCGACUAUAGUAGGUGUGGUCAUUUUCCAUUGAAGGAUUGUGGUGUCUUGUGUCAAAAAAGAAGAUGAAUUUGAUCUUUUUGGGUUUGCGUAUAAGGAAUGCUAAGGAGAGAAUGUUAUGUGGAAAUCGAAUAAAUUAUGUGGCGGUUCAGGGCAAAGAUCCAAACUCUAGUCUGUAGUCAUCAAAGCAAUGGAAUAAAUAUUUUCCCCUGAUGUAUGCUUUUCUGUUGUCUUGGCCUCUAAUUGACGCAUUAAUUUUCAGUCUUUUAUUUGGAGAUUACAAAUGAGACCAGUAAACCACUCUACUUCAUGCUACUAACAUUCUUGUCAAAAAAGGCAAACUGGAAUAAAUUUCUAAAUUUUUGGGUGUUGUAUUUCAUAACAUAUGCAUUCCUCUUGUUGCUUGUAUGAUUUUAACAGAAGCUUAACCUUUGCUUACAGUGGAACCUACUCCAUCAAUGAUAUCUAGAACUACCUCGUAGCUCUUUUAGAAACAUUAGAUACUUCAUUUCCUACUGUGCUCCAAAACCUGACAAUAUUCUGAUUAUUGUUGCUCUCUUUUUGCAACCAGCGGUGUAAAUUAUCGAGGAGACCAAAGAUAGUUCAGAAGUUUAUCAAAUUGAGUUCCUUCUUGCUUCCUACAGUUUUUACCAAUAGAUGCAGUGGUUACUUGAUGUUACUAACCAGCAGGAGAAAAACAUUGAAUAUCAUUCUCAAUAUUAGUUUGAGGAAAGUGACCUUAAUCAGUCAAGCAAGCAAUUUGAAUAGAGACUAUGAGAGGGAUGGUGCGUUCAACAUAUGCUGAAUUUUCUAUGAUAAAUGUGGCCUGGUCCAGGAAGCAGAUAACCCAUUUGGUUUGUAGUCAAAAGUGAGUAAGCUGUUUGUGACUAUAGGAGGUGUUGUCAUUUUCCAUUCAAGGAUUGUGGUGUUUUGUGGCAAAAAAGAAGAUGAUUUUGAUCUUUUUGGGUUUGAGUACAAGGAAUGCCAAGGAGAGAAUGUUAUGUGGAAAUCGAAUAAAUUAUGUGGCUGUUCAAGGAAAAGAUCCAAACCCUAGUCUUUAGUCAUCACUGCAAUUGAUUGCAAUUGUUACUAAGUGGAGUUUCUGACAACUUGAGGAAAGCAAGUCAAAAUUGUUGAUGUGGGACAUAUAUGACUUUUCUCUACCCAUUAAGAUUAGUUGUUAAUCUAUCAAGAUAAGAUUCACUAUGUUGAGAUCAGUUAUUGACCUUCAAUUAUUUUAUGUUUUUUAAGCAAUUUAUGUAUCCCUGGAUAUAUUUUGUAACUUUAGUUGUCUACAAAUGAAUAAUGUUUGCAGUAAUACUUUACCCUGAUGUGUGCUUUUCUGUUGUUUUAGCCUCUAAUUGAAAUAUUUAUUUUCAGUCUGGUAUUUGGAGAUUCCAAAUGAGACCAGGAACCUACUUCGUCUUGCUAACAUUCUUGUCAAAUAAAACAAAGUGGAAUUAAUUUCUACAUUUUUGGGUGCUGCAUUCCAUAACAUACGCAUUCCUCUCGUUGCUUGUAUGAUUUUAACAGAAGCUUAACCUUUGCUUACAGUGGAACCUACUUCAUCAAUAAUAUCUAGAACUACCUCAUAUCUCUUUUAGAAACAAUAGGUACUUUCCAUUUCCUACUAUGCUCCCAAACUGACAAUAUUCUGAUUAUUAUUGCUCUCUUUUUUGCAACCAGCAGUGUGAAAUAUCAAGGAAAGCAAAGAUAGGUCAGCAGUUUAUCAAAUGGAGGUCCUUCUUGCUUCCUACAGUUUUUAACAAUAGAUGCAGUAGUGGUUAAUUGAUGUUACUAACCAGCUGGAAAAAAGCAUUGAAUAUCAUUCUCAAUAAUAGUUUGAGGUGAGUUGUUUCCAUGGUCCAUGUUAUAACUGUGUAUUUGUUGUUGUUGGUGUAAUAAUUUAAUUUUUGAUUUUGAUGGAGUAUUGUUGGAUAAUAUUGAGCAUAGAAAAUAAUGAAGCCA